AUGUCAUCAACUGAAGAAUUAACUGAGAAAUUCAACAAGCUUGGUCUUGAAGAAGUCAAGAUCAAGGAAAUCUUGAAAAACAAGAAAGUUUUAGCAUCAUUUGAUUCUAUUUUAUCUGAAUCUUCAUCCAAAAUUACCUUCCCAUUAGAUAAGACUAAAAGAUUAUUAUUACAUCAAUUAGCUAUUUUAUCCAAAGGUGAAACUAUUGUUAAUCGUCAAUUAAUUACUGAAUCCAUCUUGAAUGAUGAUUUAAAAUCAAAUCAACAAUUAGAUGAAGCUUUUAAAUAUGUUAAGGCAAAUGGUGAUAACGCUACAAAGGCAAAAUUAGAUGAAGUUAGUGGUGUUGGUAUUAUUGUUACUGAAGAUCAAGUUAAAUCACAAAUUCAAAAUUAUAUUCAAAAUAAUAAAAAUGAAAUUGAAGAGAAAAGAUAUCAAUAUUUACCAAAAAUUUUGGCUAAUGUUCGUACAAUUCCUGAAUUAAAAUGGGCAAAUCCUGGUUCAUUUAAACCAAUAAUUGAUGAAGAAUUAUCAAAAUUAUUAGGUCCAAAAGAUGAACGUGAUGUUAUCAAGAAGGAAAAAAAAUCUAAAAAACCAGCAGCAUCUACAACUAAACCAAAUAAGAGUGAUGAUAAAAAAUCUCAAGAAAAUCAAAGAUCAAUGUUUACAGAAGGUUUCCUUGGUGAUUUACAUAAAGUUGGUGAAAAUCCUCAAAAAUAUCCAGAAUUAAUGGUUGAACAUUUAAAACAAGUUAAAAAUCAAGUUCAUACAAGAUUCCCACCUGAACCAAAUGGAUUUUUACAUAUUGGACAUUCCAAAGCAAUUUUAGUUAAUUUUGGUUUUGCAAAACAUAAUAAUGGUGUUUGUUAUUUAAGAUAUGAUGAUACAAAUCCAGAAGCUGAAGAAGAUGUUUAUUUUAAGAGUAUCUUGAAAAUGGUUAAUUGGUUAGGUUUUGAACCUUUUAAAAUCACAUAUUCAAGUGAUUAUUUUGAUGAAUUAUAUCAACUUGCUGAAAAUUUAAUUAAAAAUGAUUUAGCUUAUGUUUGUCAUGAUACUGCAGAAGAAAUUAAAAGAAGUAGAGGUAUUAAAGAAGAUGGUACACCAGGUGGUGAAAGAAUUCCAUCAAAAGAUCGUAAUAGACCAAUUGAAGAAAGUUUAAAAGAAUUUAGAAAAAUGAGAGAUGGGUUUUAUAAACCUGGUGAAGCAACUUUAAGAAUGAAACAAGAUUUAUCAUCACCAAAUCCUCAAAUGUGGGAUCUUAUUGCUUAUAGAGUCUUGAAUGCUUCACAUCCAAGAACUGGUGAUAAAUGGAAAAUUUAUCCAACUUAUGAUUUUACACACUGUUUGGUUGAUUCAUUUGAAAAUAUUACACAUUCUUUAUGUACAACUGAAUUUUAUCUUUCAAGAGAAUCUUAUGAAUGGUUAUGUGAUGCAUUACAUGUUUAUAGACCUGCACAAAGAGAAUAUGGUAGAUUAAAUAUUACAGGUACAGUUUUAUCCAAGAGAAAAAUUGCUAAAUUAGUUAAUGAAAAUUAUGUUCGUGGUUGGGAUGAUCCAAGAUUAUUUACAUUGGAAGCUAUAAAACGUCGUGGUGUUCCACCAGGUGCAAUUUUAACUUUUAUUAAUACUUUAGGUGUUACUACAAGUACAACAAAUAUUCAAGUUGGUAGAUUUGAAAGUUCAAUUAGAAAAUUCUUGGAAGAUACAGUACCAAGAUUAAUGUUAAUUUUAAAUCCAAUUGAAAUUGAAAUUGAUAAUGUUGAUGAUGAUUUUGAAUUAGAAGUUGAAAUUCCAUAUAAACCUGGUAAUGAUAAAUUUGGUUCAAGAAAAUUAACAUUUACUAAAAAUUUCUAUAUUGAUUCAAAUGAUUUUAGUGAAGAUGAUCUUGAUAAAGAAUUUUUCAGAUUAAAACCAAAUCAACCAGUGGGUUUAUUGAAAAUUCCAUAUAAUGUUAGUUUUAAAUCUUUAGAACGUGAUUCAAAUGGUAAAAUUACUAAAAUUCAUGUUAAUUAUGAUAAUGAAAUUGUUAAAAAACCAAAAACUUAUAUUCAAUGGAUUCCAAAAUCUUCUAAACAUAAUUCACCAAUCAAGAUUAAAGAAACAAGAGUUUAUAAUCAAUUAUUUAAUAGUGAAAAUCCAUCAGCACAUCCAGAAGGAUUCCUCAAAGAUAUUAAUCCAGAUAGUGAAGAAAUUUUCCAUAAUUCAAUUGUUGAACCUGCUUUUAAACAAGUUUUAAAAGAAUCACCAUGGUCAAUUGAUGAAGAAAAUUCAAUUCCAAAAGAAUUUAAUGUUAUUGAAGAUCCAAAAACAAGUGGACCAGAAAUUGUUAGAUUCCAAGCUUUAAGAGUUGGUUAUUUUGCAUUAGAUAAAGAUUCAUCAGAUGAUUCAAUUAUCUUGAAUAGAAUUGUUUCAUUAAAAGAAUCAACAAAAUAA